AUGCGAUAUAUAACCCCCAUACGCUCGUCUUUCCUACCAAAUCUGCCAUUCUCCAGUACCCGUACACCAUGCCCUCAACAGCAACUCUUCCAAUCCAACAGGAAAUGCAUAUCCACCCUCACCAAAUCCCGCCAAAGACCACUCCCACCCGGCACAACCAUAACAAGUGACUCCAACCAGACCUACCAUAUUGAAGAACUACUCACUCGCGGUGGUAAAUCCGGGUUACACGUCUACCGAGCGAGCACCACCACCAACAACAACAAACAGCAAUACAUCAUAAAGAACAACAUCCCAGGCGACUUCCAACACCAGCUCAACAUCCAGAACCAGCUAUCAUCCUGUUCAAAUAUCCGGACAUUCGUUAAUUCUGUCCGCGAGACAGAAGUAUUCAUCUACCCCUUUCUAAGCGGGGAUUUGCUCCGCUUUAGUCAGAGGAGGAUGAUAUCCCACGAAACGAGGAAGAGGAUUCUCCGCGAUGCAUUAAGUGGAUUAGUUGAGAUGCAUGAGCGGGAUAUGGUGCAUAAUGUCAUCGUCCCACCAGGGAAAUGGCUCCGCGGACCCCUCUGCGGCAACGCCAUCUGGCGCAGCGCCGAGAGCUGGGCGCGAUCUCGUCAGAACCAGGCGUCUGAUGUGUUUUCGUUUGCACUGGUUAUAGUUUAUGUGAUGGCCGAUGAAAUGGUCCUUCGUGUUCCUGAUGAGCAGUUGAAUGCUGCUGACGCAUGGAGGUAUAUUCUUCGUCUUCAUCUAUCGUACUUUGCCGACGUGGAUGGCAUGGAGCGCUUUCUUGAGCAUAUAGGGAAGCAAAAUCCAUUCUUUGAUCGCAUUUUGGAGCUAAUCAAUACGUUCGGACCGGAGAAUCCGAGACAGCCGGUUGAGUGUUGGGGGUUUCUGGAGCCGGGGUUGAGGGAUUUGGUGGCUAGGAUGACUUAUCUUGAUCCCAGGGGGAGGAUUACGGCGAGGGAGGCGCUGGGGCAUCCUUGGUUUAGGUGA